UCAUGUUUAAGCUGAAAAAUAAACUAAAGAAUAAGUUUAAAUCGUCAAAGAUCGAUUGCCAUCCGGACGAUUUCAGUUUGCUGUCCUUUGACUUCAGUCCUGAAAGAUCUCCAGCACCACCGCCAAUGACGUCGGAGGAAUCGGAUAAUAACACAUUCCCAGGAUGUGAACAUUCAUUAAUUAACGACGGAUGUGAGCCACCUCCGGGAAGUGUCGAAGAGAGUGGUCCGACCAGUUCUAACAGCAGUGGGCAGCAGUCUUCUUCGAUGAACUACAGCUGCUGUUAUAAUUACAAUUUCAACAUCAACUACAACUUCUCUCCUCCUCCACAUGGCUGCAACACCGGACGAGAGUCUCCGAAAUGGUGUGACGAGGAGAUUUGCGAGGAACUGCACCUCUUCGACAGUGAUAGUAAUUUGGCAGCGGACGUUCCUGUUGAACCGAUUAAAAAAAGUAAACCCAGCAAAAAAAGCAGAUCAGCCUCAACAGACCGAGGUAAAAGAAGUUUCUCGAGUAUGUCUUCCAAAGUCACACCUGGUAAUCCACGGCUGCUGAAAGCAUCUAUGAAAGCGCCCCGAUGCUUGUCAACAAGCGAUUUGUCCACAUACAAGGGCAGUGGCUACAGCGACCACAGUUACGAUUAUAACAACAUUUGCAAUCGGUUGCACUCGGUGAAGAUAACGGAAAUGUUAGAUCAGAAAGGCACCAAUCUGACUGACCACGAUCGACGGAUUUUGCACUGCAUGGUCUUGAAACGCAUCAAGGAAAUUGAGCGACUGGAAGAAUCUGUUGUGGCGAAGCAGUGCUGGGAACAAGAAAAGGCUUAUCGAAAAUCGUUGCUCGAUGAACAGGAGCGGAACUAUAAAAAAGCCAUCCGACAGAAGCGUAACAUUGAGAAAAUCGAGAUCCGAAAUCGCAAACAGCGAUUGGAGCGAUUGGAACAACAGCAGAUCGAGAAGAUUCAGAAUGAAAUAACCGAGAAGGACAUCCGAUCUUGCAGUUUGCGCAAAACCUUGGAAAUACAGAAAGGCAUUAAGGAGUGCGAGAAGAAGAAUCGAGAGCUGAAGCGUAUCGAAGAUGCUACCAUCAACCAGGAGGAGAAAACGCUGGACAAGGACAUUUGGCGGCAGGCACUAGUCGACCACUUGGAGGAGCGCGUCCAACGGGCGGACGAACUCAGACACCGGGUCUUGGACGUGUACAAGCGACGAGUGAAGAUCGACAACCAACUCGAAAGGAAGAUGCAUGACCACAAUCUCAAGCAGACGCUGGAACAGGAGCGCUACAAACUGAUGAAGCUGCAGGAGCGAAUAAUGAUGCGGGAAAGUCGCUUCCAGCGGUUCAAGGACAGCAAGAAGCGUAUAUUCGAUCAGCUGAAGAGCCGCGCCAAAACGACCGCCGCCCUCAGGGAUAUGGUGAAGCAUUCGAUUAGUCCGGAUACCUGUGCGAAGACGAUUGGCGGUAGCCAACAGCGGAUGGUCAAUGUGGUGCAGGUGAAGUGAAGGCAGCUGGGCGCGGUUUAAUUAAGACUAAAAUUAGAUAUUUUAUUGAAA